AUGAAGUUCACUACUGCUCUGCUGGCUCUGGCCGCCACUGCUCUUGCAACCGAGGACCACGACUGGGGUAAGGAUAAGACCAAGACUAUUGUCACGGAAGUCCUGACCACGUACACGACCGUGUGCCCUGUUACAAUCACAAAGCCCGGCGAACACACCACUCAGUAUGAGACUAUCACCACCACGUCCACCGUUGUAGAGAAGCACCCCACGACGAUCUAUGAGACCCUUCCAGGCGCCACUGAAGUCGUGACGGAAAUAGACACUGACUACACCACCUACACGACCUACUGCCCGAUUACGGAGACGAUCGUUGGAGAAGGCACCACUAAGACUGUUGUGUACACCACACUCAGCACCGUCGUCGAAAAGAAGCCGACCAAGAUCAUCGAGACCGUUCCCGGCCCGACGGCCGUAGUGACGGCCACGGAUGUCCAGCUUACAACCCUCACAAGCCUCUGCCCGGUCACGGAGACCUACACCGAGGGCGGCAAGACCUGGACCAAGACGUACACCACCACAUCCACCAUCGUGACUCACGUUCCUACCAAGGUCUGGCAGACUGAGAAGCUCCCUGACGUCACCAAGACGGAGAAGGACAUCGAGUACACCACCAUCACUUCUCUUUGCCCUGUGACCGAGACCAAGACUAUUGGCGGAGAGACGGUAGUCGUCACUUACACAUCUACCUCAACCAUCGUCACGGAAGUUCCCACCAAAGUGGACGUCUGGACGACCGUAAAGACCACUCAGCAUCUUUCCACAGAAGUCUACGAGACCAUUACAAAGCCCGUGACGACUUAUCAGACCAUCGAGCACGGAGAGACGGUUUGGAUCACUGCCACAGGCACCAAAACCAUUACCGUCGAGAAGGUCCACACCCUGACGGAAGUCAUUGUCGAGACCAAGACGGCACACGUCGAGGUCACCCAGGCCGUGACCGUGGGCGGCGAGAGUGUCGUGACGCAAAAGUCAUGGGUCUACAUCACCGUGUCGGGAACUGUGUACGCCACGCAGACCCGGCCCGCCAGCACCGUCGUCGUCCCUACAACAAGCGCCGUGAUCCUUCCCCCGGUCACGGCGUCGAGCCAGGCUCCAGUGGUCGUGCCUACUGCUGCUGCCGACGCCCGCAGAGCGCCGGGGGCUGCCUUGCUGGCUGGCCUCGUUGGUGCCGUUGCUCUCCUCUAG